GGCCAUCUUGGCGGUGGAGCGAUGAGCGGGUCGAACCCGAAUGCUGCGACCGCGGGGUCGCAGGCCGGGCCCGGCGGACUGGUGGUGGCUGGCAAGGAGGAGAAGAAGAAGGCGGGCGGCGGCGUCCUGAACCGGCUCAAGGCGCGGCGGCAGGGGCCCCCACACACGUCCGACGACGGCACGGGGGCCGUGGUCACGGAGCAGGAGCUGCUGGCACUGGACACGAUCCGCCCUGAGCACGUCCUACGCCUCAACCGGGUCACCGAGAAUUAUUUGUGUAAACCUGAGGACAACGUCUACAGCAUUGACUUUACCCGCUUCAAAAUCCGAGACCUGGAGACGGGCACAGUGCUCUUUGAGAUCGCCAAGCCUUGCACCUCAGACCAAGACCAGGACGCAGAGGAGGAGAGUGUCGACGUGGAUAUCAGCGUGGGACGUUUCGUUCGGUAUCAGUUCACACCGGCGUUCCUCCGCCUCCGGACCGUCGGUGCCACGGUAGAGUUCACCGUGGGUGACCGGCCGGUGACAGGUUUCCGGAUGAUCGAGCGGCACUACUUCCGGGAGCGGCUGCUGAAGACUUUUGACUUCGAUUUCGGCUUCUGCAUCCCUAGCAGCAGGAACACGUGUGAGCACAUCUACGAGUUCCCCCAGCUCUCGGAGGACGUCAUUCGCCUGAUGAUUGAAAACCCCUACGAGACGCGCUCCGACAGCUUCUACUUUGUUGACAACAAGCUGGUAAUGCACAACAAGGCGGACUAUGCCUAUAACGGAGGCCAGUAACUGCAGCAGUGGUGCACAGGGAGGCGCUCUGCUGCCACCACGAGGCACACAGCCGGAACUGCAGCUGCUGCCGUCAGCACCCACCUUGACCCUGGUCCAGGAAGCUGCAGCUGAGUGGCCAUGUUUUGUGCUCCAAGGAGGUGCCAGCCAGCAGUUUCUCUUCCCAGUGUUUGUUCCCUGCCCCUAGUUCACAGAGGUAUUAUAGAGAAGUAAAAGAUUAGGGUAAGGUUCCCUUCCCAGGGUCCAGAUAAAAGCUUAUAUGUGUGUAGUCUUAGCCGUGCACUGCUUAUCCCGACAAGCCUGCUGGUCCGGGCACAGCUGUGUCAGAAGGCUUGGGCUGGGCCAGCCUGCAGGGUCCCAGUCCUCUGCAGGUUCCUGGGUGUGGUGGGCAGCUGAGAGCGGCUCACUUCUCCCUCAUCCCACGUCGUUGACACGGUCUGUCCUCGCCUGUGCAGUUCGGCAAACUGGAAGAAACUUGAAGAGAGACCCGGGUAGGUCAGAGCCUGGGCUAAGGCGCUGGUCUGGGAGGUGGCACCAGAGUCCAAGACAAGUUUUUGAGGAGCUUUUUACCUGCCUUUGAGAAGCCACAGCCAGGCCUGGAGGAGAGAGGCCAUAGUGUCAGCCUAAUGGUGCCUUCUGUUCUUGCUCUGCUCCCCUGGCCGUGACUUUUUGUCCUGCUGUGGCCCUUGUCAGUUUGGUUCACAGAUCAUGGUGUCUCUCGAGUUCAGUGCAGGCUGCUUGUGCUUUGUGCUCCUUAUUCUCAGACUUCUUUGUGGGGAUCUUUACGAUGUCAGUGUUUAGUGCCCAGGAUGCCGAAAGCUCUCCAAUAGGACUGACCGGCUGGCUCCUGGCUAAUGUGGAAGAGGCGUGGAUGGGGCUUUAUCGAGAGCUGACUGUAUGCAGUGAGCCUGGAAGAGAGGCUCUGGUGGGGGUCUGGCUCCAGAGCAGAGUCUCACGGUUAGGAAUGCUUUCCUGUUUACCUUUCUGCUAAAGUCAUUCCUAGAGCCAAUCUGCCACGUGGUCUGAGGAAUGCAUGUUCUGAUCCUGCCUUCAAACUGCUGCAUGUGUAAGUGUUUGGGAAGGGCAGCAUAGGCUGAGGUUGCCUGUCAGAGGGCUGCCCCUUUCCUGCACUUGUGGGCCUCUCACGUCCUCAGAUCCCCACUGACUGACUCCCACCCCUCUGGCUCCGUAGGCUGUCCCUGUGGGCGGCUCUAGGUCUCUGUGGCUGGGGUCUGUUUGCCAUUGAAUGAAGGGCAGGUGUGCAAAAAUGUCUCUGAGGCACCAUAUCACCUGUAAUGCCACCUGUGAUGAGACCAGGGCCCCAAAGUACUUGAGAGAAAGGUUGUGCUUAGCUCAGUGUCGCUCUGUCGGCUUCUAGAGCAUAGUGGCCUUGGGUUUGGACCCAUGCUCUAAAUCUGGCCAGCACCUAGACUAUUUAUUCUUCAUGCUGCAUGGGAUUUACCCACUGAGCUGGGGGAGCCCAGGUGCCCUCUGGUGGGCACCUCCUGACCAUUCCAGCGGAUCUUAGAAGUGGGGUCCACUCCAAAUCUAGGUGCCUUAAGUGUGCCUCUGCCCCAUGUGCUGCUGGGAGCUGCGGGGCCAUUGUUUUUCCUCCCCUGCAGACAGACAUGAACAGUCUCUGCCUUUUCUCGUGUGGCUCCUCUCAUGAGAGCUCCAUGUUCUUGACAAGCUUCCUAGUCCUUGCUCUCUUAUAGAGUCUGAGGAGGAUUUUGGUACCCAGUAUUUAGGCAAAUAUUACUUAGGAUGUGUUUCCUGGAGCUACGUGGCCAUUGGUCAGUGGAGCACAGUCUGGCCUGCUCCUGUUUCCUUUCUUUUGUGCUGGCUUUUGCUCGGAGAGCCAAGGAGAAGGAGGAGCCGGCAGCUGGCUUGAGAAGGGCUGCAUCCCCUUCCCAUCAGCCUGUUUUCAGUGAGAGCCCACUGAGGCCAGUGCCCAGUCAUCUGGUAGGAUGGAGCAGUCUUCUUUACCUUCUGAAGGGCCAGUGGUCUGUGUCCGGCUACUUAGGGAAGCAUCUUGCUGUUUGGUAGAGAGUUUGAAAUUCCAACUUUUGUGCCUGACUUGAGUAAACUGGAAGUCAUACUUUGUAAAUAACUGAACAAGCAGAAGCCCAGUCAGAAGUCAGACUGUCCAGGAACACCAGUGGCGACAGUGGCUUCCUGUGAUUCAGUGAAAGAGAGAAUCAGUGCUGGAGGUCAGCAUGCCCCAUGCCCAGAUUAGUAAUCUGAGUAGAUGACAGCCCAGGGGACCUGGUCCCUGCGCUGGCCAGAGCCCUUCCUGGCAUGAGGCAGAGUUCUGAUUGAUCUCCGUCCUUGCCCCAUGCCUUGGGACCAAGCUGCCCUUCUAAACCAUAAAUAUAGGAGUAAAGACAGCCAGUAACUGAGCUGACAUCAGCUGUUAUGUCAGAUUAGCUCAACACUGUCUCAGAAGAACCUUCUGAAGCUUCUCCGGGCUCUGGGCAUCUGAUUUCUAGUUCCUAGGGGCAGCACUUUGCCAUAUCUGGGAUGGGCCAUAGACUUAGAUUCUGAAAAUAUCCACAUUCCAAGUCCAGAGCAUCCACAGGGAGUCUGGAGGAGGUGGGCUCACGUUUGUUUCCUAAAGGACCAUGUGUUGAUGUCACUUGAGUUGUGAAAAUCUAUUUUCCCUGUAAAUCUAUUUUUCACAGAAUAUAUGAAACAUCUCUGUCCUUAAAAUCCUCAUUCCAAAACAAAUCAGGUGAUUCUAUUUGUAUAAGAUAUUAUUUUACCACAAGAGACAGUAAUAAAGAUUUUUCACAAUAUG